UUCAAACGGGUGGACACUCACGUCAAAGUUUUGUUCUCGCUAACAGGGUUAAGGCUUAAUUCCAUUUUAACCUGUUCUCUACCGUAUUGCAUCUCGGCAAUCAAGCUUUUCUCGUUCCAAGAGGCUCCCAGAGUCCAGUCAAGUCACGGUCGCAUUGAGUCCUCCACCAAAGAACACUCCUUCCACUCGCACCCAUUGAACCCAUCACCUUCAAACAACAGCAAAGGGAAAGCAUAGUAGCCCAACAGUACCGUGGACAGACAGAUCGACCAUUGAGGAAAGGUGGUAUUGGCUGCACACCACUCCAUUUGUUGUAGCAAGAUGUCAGAUUGGCCGCUGCAAAAUAUCUGUGAACCCCAUGAAAGCAACGAUGUUUUGUUGAAGAAGAAGACCAAGGGGAUUGUGGCCCACUAUUUUAGUCCCGCGGAAGCAGAGCAGGACAAUGGCCAAUGCUACGAAGGCAACCUACGCUUUCUGGAGCUGCUCAAGGAACGUCAUGGCGAUUAUGUAUCCAAGAGUCCGAUGGAGAAGCCACUUGUGGCUCUGGAGUUGCUGAGACAAUGGCGGACCCAAGUUCCUCCCGGAAGGUUCUUGAUGGCCCAGUCGACAGCAGAGGACAGCAACGCCCCACCGCUCUGGAAGGAUGUGGGAGAUAAGGAGGCUCGCUCGCGGAUUAGCAAGGCACUGAAGCAGCUUUCCUCAUCUCGUGAAAGCAGCAGUGGCAGCCAAGCAGACGACGAAACCAAAUCGGAGGCUCCCACAGUCGAUAGUGCUACUGUAGCCACGGCUACCCCCACCGCUUCUGCUACCAGUAGCUUGGAAGACAAGGAACAAUGCUGUGGUGGUGAUCAGGACACUAACAAUCCUGGUACAACUGCAGAAUCAUCUGCACCAUUGACUAUGGAACGACAGGAAUCAGAUAGACCUGUUCCUAGGUCUGUGCCAAGGUCCCUUCCGGCACCCCUCCGAAUGCCCGCUCCUUCCCACAAGGCCAAUCUACCGCCCAUUCCACGCAUUGUCAAACCAUCGAGACUAGCUAGCCGAAGAAUAUCCGCCCAAUUGCACGCCGGAAAUGUGCAGGGCCGCGUCUAUGGCCGUUGGAAGGAACGAGAUCAGUUGCUGGGCAUUCUCAAACGCCAAAUGAAACAGAAACCACAGCGGCCGCCCUCUCUGGCCAGAUGCGGACGAAGAACUAGUUCCUCUCUAUCUGAAACCAGUGGCAGUGUCACCAACAACACAAAAGUGCAAGAGAGAAAAGUGGAUUUUGUCUUGAUUCAAGGUUCGCUGGGUGUGGGCAAGACUGCAUUGGCACGUACCUUGAAGAAUCCCAUGGCACUGACCGACGACGAUGAUCAACAGCCUGAUCUCAAUGUCAAGCCAUCGUUUUUUCUCGAAGCCAAGUUUGAGCAACUCAUGAACCCCAAUCCGUACCAGUGUUUUCUGGAUGUAUUCAAUGAUUUCUGUCGCCAACUGAUACGGUGUGAUGACCAUUUGAUUGUGGAACAGUGUCGAGAAGCCAUCAUGGACUCCUUUCAAGAGGAUGUGGAUGUGCUCCUGAAUUUGAUUCCAGCUCUUGGUCACGUUGUCUUUCCUGAGUGCCAUGAUGCGAAACGACCUGGCACUCUCGAAUCAAAAAGCAGUAACUCGUCGGGAGCCCUCAUGACACAAAAGGUCAAGGGGUACUUUGUCUUGUUGCUCCAAACAAUUGCAUCCCUAGCGCCUCAAAACCCGCUGGUGGUUCUUCUGAAUGACCUUCAUUGGGCCAGUGAAAUAUCCCUUGAUAUCUUGACAACUUUGAUUGCCGACGUUGGGGUCCCUUCCUCUAACAGUUGCGGUUCUAGUAGUGGUGGCAUCAUCUUUGUGGCAAGUUUGUGCGACGAUCAGGAAGCCAAACCAUACUUCAAGCCUGCCAUGGAAGUUCUUGCUUCCAGACGGACAGUGGAUUUGCACACCAUCACCCUACAAAAUAUGACAGAAUGCGACGUUCGAGACUUUUUGGUGGACACGCUGGAUUGUGGAUACGAAAAGGUCCUGGAGCUUAGCAAAAUGAUGUACCGAAUUUCAAAAGGGAAUCCAAUGUUGCUUCAGGAGUUCUUGCGGAAAAUGCAGGACCACGGAUUCCUCCGCACUGACGAAACAACGGGAGAGUGGACGUUUGACAUGUCGUCGAUGAGUUGCCACUUCAGCCAGGCUGAAUCGUUCUCGGAUAUGCUUCGACUAAAAAUCAGCAGAUUCUCAAAGGAGGCGCAAAAAACUCUCAAGUAUGCCGCGUGCCUGGGGUCAUCCACAAUUGACAUGUCUCUCUUGACACUCAUGGAUCCCGAAAAUGUUGCGUCGCAUCUAAGCGAAGCGACUGAAGUUGGGCUUUUGCGGAACCGGGACGACUCCUAUCAUUUCUCAAUUGAUGGUGUCCAGCACAAGAUUUACAGCAUGAUACCGUCCGAAGAAAGGGCAAGUUACCACUUGUGUAUCGCGCAAAAGCUGUGGAAACACCUCGAAGAAAGAAAGGACAAAGAGUUCUUGUUUAUUCUCUUGAACCAGCUCAUGCUAGGUGACAGCGAGGUCAAAGCGGACGAUGAUCGUCGCGCUGUUGCCGGGCUUUGCCUUCGGGCGGGCGAGUUGGCGGCGAAGACCCUCGGCUUUCACACUGCAUGGGUUUAUCUGGAACAUGGCAUUUCGAUCUUGCCAAAAGACAAGCUGUGGGGUCGAGACAACUAUGAUCUGAGUUUGAGGUUGCAUAACGCGGCCGUCGAAGUGUGCUACUGCAAUGCCCAGUUUCAGAUUUUGGAUGAUUUGAUUGAGGCAAUUUUGGAGCAUAGUCGAGUUUUUGACGACUCACUCAUUGCUCGCUCGACUAAGAUAUUCGCACUCGGCAGCAGACAUCACUUGGCAGAGGCCCUUGACGUUGCCCUGAGUACCUUGAAGGAGCUGGGUGAGAGAUUGCCCUCUGAUCCAACAUCCCUAUCCGUUGCAACAUCAGUCAGAAAGACAAAGAAACUGCUUCAUGGUCUCUCCGACGAAUCUAUCCUGAGGAUGAAAAGAAUGACAGACCGAAAUGCUUUGGCCAAAAUGAGCAUUUUGAAUCACAUGUUCUUGUAUGCUUUCUAUGCGAAGCCAUACUUGGGGGUUUUGGUUAGCCUACGAAUGGUCCAACUCACCAUGGAAUAUGGUAUUUCAGGAUUGUCCUCAGUGGCCUUCUGCUUCUACGCGGAGUUGUUAGUUUGUGGCCCUUCCGUAGAAGACGGGAUCCGUUACGGAAAACUAGGAAUGCAAUUGUACGAAAAGUGCAAGAAUGAAGCUUGGCUUUGCAGAGUUUGGGGCGUGUACUAUGGUCUUGUCAGCCCCACACGCGAGGCGCUGGCGAAAUCGUUAGAGCCCCUUCGCCAUGCAAAGAGGGUGGGAAUGAGAACGGGCGAUAUGGAGUAUGCCAUGCUGAAUGGGAUGAUUUACAUAUACCAUGCUGGUCACUCGCUCCGGUUGCCCGAGCUAAAGGAAGAGAUUCGUAAAUUAACUACAGAAAUGGAGCAGACUGGUCAUACAUUGGCUUUGGCGUCGAUUCUACCCGUCACACAGUGCAUUUCAAGGUUUGAGGAAGGGAUGGGCGAUGAACAACAACAUCAAGCGAGCGUCGAGGCUUUUGAAGUGGAAAGUCGCAAGUUCCAAGCGAAUUCCAACCAGGCAGCGGUUCUGUGGCUGCAAUAUUCUCGAAUGUCACCAGCUUACAUGUACGGCGAGUUCGACCAGGCAUUGAAGUAUUCGAAGGGAAUUGAUGCUCUCUACACGAAGCAUGGAUACAACUCGACCGGAGCAGGGCUGGUGCUAUUCGUCGAAUGUAUGGUCCUGCUUGCCCACGCCAAGAAAAGCGCCUUCAAUCGCCUUCGCUAUGUGCCAUACGUCAAGCGCCGCCUAAGGAAGUUGAAAAAGUGGACUUAUCUUGCACCUGAUAAUCUUCAGGACAAGUUGUGCUUGCUCAAAGCUGAACUCGCCGCGGUACUUGGUGAUCUCGACAAUGCCUGUUUACAUAGCAGAUCUGGAAUUCUCCACGCUCGGAGCCAUGGGCAUCUAGGAAUUGAAGCGAUGGGGAAUGAACGCUUGGCAAUGUACAUUCUGGAGAAGGGCGAUUCCGAUGCUGCCUUACUGGUUUUUGACGAGGCAUGUCGAGUCUAUGAUGACUGGGGGGCAACAGCCAAGGCUGUGCAGCUUCGCAAGUAUCGGGAGUCUCUUUUGGGAGUUUCAGGUUAAGAUUAAACAGUGUUACGGUAGGACUAAUGCAAUGGCUAAGUUCAGGCCCAAUAGUAGAUCCAUUACACCCCCACUCUCCUACUAGACAAACAAACUGGUUUCCAGGACCCUCUCCCAGAGGAGAAUGCCCUUGCCCAAAGGCCUCCCUCCAAGGCCUCCAAGGCCUCGUUGCUGGAUCAACUACUGGCCUAGCUGAGUCUUGAUGAACCACUCUGGGACUUUCCCAGGCAUUACACUGAGACCAAAUGCGAGGCUAAGCUCCAGGAACAACCCAAGAGACCACCCAGGCUCCACUCCUGGUUCACCUCGUAAAAGAAUCUGGCACUACACCAAGACCUGGCUGAUGCUGGCAGUGAACAAGGGCCAGCUCCACCUAACGCCAGACCCACACCAGCCAGCCCCCUCCCCUGCCCUACUCACGGACCAACUGCUGAUCCAAUAGGAUGAACCACUCUAGGACCAACACAAGGCCCAACUACAGAGCCAACACCAGGCCCCAGUCCUGGAUCAACACCAUUUCUGGGCAGCAGUUCGGAACGACACCUUGGCCAUCACGAGGACCCACUUUUAGACCUUGA